AUGAACGACUUCCUCCGCAAGUCACUUACUGCCUGGCAAAGAUCUCGGGGCUCGCCCCCGGAAGGAGACCACAUCCUCCGUAUACCCUUCUCGAUUCUCCUCCCCGACGAUGCCCCGCCCUCGUUCGGGUUCGAGAGCUUCAUGAACAUUGCGUACGUCCGCUAUGCUAUUGAAGUCACUGGCGUGCGCACAGGGACGUUUGCGGUCGACCGGACCAUCAAGGUGCCCGUUGUGGUCGUCGCGCCCGACCCGCUCGGCGCAGCGCUUCGGGCGGAACUCAAGCUCGGGUGGCAGGGCGACUGGGGCAGGAUCAAAGCGGAAGAGAAGAUUCGUAAGAUGCCCUGGGGCGACUAUUCCUCAGUGAAAAUGGAGCUGCUGGUGCCGCAUCUGGACACGUUCCCGCUCUUCACGCCCAUCCCGUACAGCAUCAUUGUCACCACCAUCUCUGCGCCUUUAAAGCGCAAAAGCACCGCCCAGCCGCAGAAAGAUUUGUUUCCCCCGGUCCCGCGUAGCGCGUCCGAGAUUGACUUUGAUCUCCGGCGGCAUGUCGACGUGCAGACGCCGUACUUUCCCUCGAACCCGGAGGAGCACGUCGCGGACAUCAUCUCGAAGGCGCACACUCCAGUGCCUCCCGUGGACGUCGAGAUCACAGAUUAUAUGUGGAUCCCGGAGGAGGGGGCCAAGGAGGACCGCGGGUGCUGGAUGCAGGAGGCGACGUUCUCGUCUAGCAUGAUCCUGCGGUUCACGCCGACAUUCCUCACGGAAGAGAUCAAAACGAAGUACAUGCUGCAGCUGAAGGUGGACUUCCCGGGGAUGGGGAACACCCUCCGGGUGGAGUUCCCUAUUCAAAUUGGCUCCGGGCUGGAGACGUCGAUGCCCGUCGACGAACGCUCGUUGACGCCUAUGAUGAUAGACGUCCCUGCGUAA